AGUGCGGCUGCCGUUUGGCAUCCAUCCACACAUCCUGUAAACAGAAUUCCCCGCAAUUUCGUCUCCUCCGUCACUAUUCGUUUCAGCCCUUUUUCUCCCUUUCGGAUUUACUUUUUUUUUUUUUCUCACCGUCGUCUCGUCUCGUCUCGUCUCGUCUCGUCACCUCCGAGGAAAAGGGUGACAUUCGAUUCGAAACUCCUCCGCCACCAGAGACCCUUCUGCCGGAAGUUCCCCCCUCCGGCAGAGAGAGAGUGAGAGAGGGCUCCUCUUCCGACUUCCAAUCCUUCCCCGUCCAUUGCAUGAUUGCCCUCUCCCUCUCCUCCUCCACCGCCGCCGCUCGCGUGACAAUCUCCUCUUCCGAUUCAUCGACGCCUCUGCUUUCUCGUAUGUUUCCCCGAUUACCCAUUUCCCCCUCUCUUUGAUGCGAUCAUUCCAACUGCGCAAUCGGGUCAAUUCGAAGUCCGUUGACACCGAUACUAGCCACAACGGAAUGGAUCCCGUCAAGUCCCAACAGCGACCCGGACCAGCCGGGUACCGAUCCGCCACCAACUUCGCCUAUUACCCGAUUUCUCGACCCGCCAAGCGAUCCAAGUCCAACCUCAUCGUUUUCGGGUGUGUCCUCGCCCUCGUCGCUCUAAUCUCGUGUUUUUACCUAUUCAGCACCGGUCAGGUUGUGGAUUGGAACAAGAGGUACGGGAUUGUUAUCGACGGCGGCAGCACCGGGACGCGGCUCCACGUGUUCGCUUACAGGUUUCAGGACGGGAAGGCGGUGUUCGAUUUUGGGGAGGAGGCGGCGAUGAGGGUUACCCCCGGAUUGUCGGCGUAUGCCGAGGACCCAGAAUCAGCUGGCGCGUCUUUGAACGAGCUGCUUGAGUUUGGGAAAGAGAGGGUGCCGAGGGGGCUGUGGGGCGAUACUGAAAUUCGGUUGAUGGCUACUGCUGGGAUGAGGUUGCUGGACGUUGAUGUGCAACGCAGGAUUCUGGAAUCGUGUAGAAGGGUUCUGAGGCAAUCUGGGUUCGCGUUUUUGGAUGAAUGGGCUUCUGUUAUUACUGGUUCUGAUGAGGGUGUUUAUGCUUGGAUUGUUGCCAACUAUGCUUCGGGUACUCUUGGAGCAGACCCUCUCAAGACAACCGGUAUUAUUGAGCUUGGUGGAGCUUCUGCUCAGGUAACUUUUGUUUCAAAUGAGCCAUUGCCUCCUGAGUUCUCGCGGACUGUCAAGUUCGGGAAUGUAACAUAUAAUAUCUACAGCCACAGCUUUCUUCAGUUUGGUCAGAAUGCUGCAUUUGAUGCAUUGAGGGAAUCGCUAGCCUCAGCAGACCAUCAAUCAUCUGCUAAGUCGAUUGAAAAGGGAGGAGUAAGUUUAGAUCCUUGUACUCCCAUGGGGUAUUCACAUGUCAUGGCGGCGGGAAGUUCCUCUCCUGGUUCUUUCACUGAAAAUAAGGAUCGUCUCCUGUCAAACCUUCAGCCUAAGGGCAACUUCUCUGAGUGCAGGUCGGCUGCAUUAUCACUGUUACAGAAAGGAAAAGAGAAAUGUGCCUACCAACACUGCUCUAUAGGACCAACAUUCAUACCGAAGCUUCAGGGGAAAUUUUUGGCAACGGAGAAUUUCUUCUAUACAUCUAAGUUCUUUGGGUUGAGUCAAAAAGCUUUUCUCUCUGAUCUUAUGGGAGCUGGAAAACAAUUUUGUGGAGAGGAUUGGUCAAGUUUGAAAAAGAAGCAUAAAUCAUUAUCUCUCAAAGAUGAUGAUCUGAUGCGCUAUUGCUUCUCUUCUGCAUAUAUUGUUGCCCUACUUCACGACAGCCUUGGGAUUUCUUUGGAUGAUGAACGGAUUGGGUAUGGCAAUCAUGUUGGGAAUAUCCCUCUUGAUUGGGCACUUGGAGCUUUCAUCUUGCUGACCAGUUCUUCACAGGAUAUGCAACACCCUAGCUGGAUCUCCACCGUUAUUGGCGAUGAUUCACCCACAUUAUUAUCGUUAGUUGCCAUUGCUGCAUUGUUCAUGUUUGCAGCGUGGUCGGUGUCAAAAUGGAGGAAGCCUCAGUUGAAGACGAUUUAUGAUCUAGAGAAAGGACGGUAUAUAGUUACACGUGUGCGAAGAAGUUGAUAGCAUUUUCGGAUGUGAUACGUGUAGAUUUAUUCUUAAUCAACACAGAUCGAAGCGGGAGGAGCCUACCAUAUAGCUGUUUUGAAAGUCCAUUGCCUCCCUCCGAUUAGGUCAGCAGGAAGUCAGACACGGCAUUUACAUGAGUCGUGUCCUUCGAGAGUGCAAGGCAAAGAUGAUAGUGUAACAAGUUUACCCGCAGUAGUAGAGGGAUUGUGGGCUUCCCAUUUUGUAUUCUGGAAAACGGGAGAAGCCUGGGGUAAAUCUGAAUGUGGAACUGCAUAGGAGAAGACUGAAGAGUUUCUUCCUGUAUCUCUCCUGGGGACUGCAAAGUGCUCGGUGUGGAAAGAUCAAUGAUCGGAAAACGCAGAGAUAGAGAGGUAGAAGAAGAGGCAUUGAAGUUGACUUGUACACAUGAUUGUUUUGUGAAAUAUGAUUGGGGAGUAAAAAUGUGAUAUUGCU